AUGGUUUUUGGUAACCUUUCAUUUCAGUCACAAACAUCUUCUUCCUCGUCCUCCACAACAUCUCCAUCAAAUAAGCGUCAGGAGAGAGAAAACCAUAUAAAACCACUGAAAAUUUUGACAAACGCUUUUGCUUCUGUUUCCAACACAGCUCCAAUGUCAGGUUCAAUACCUUUCUUUGAUCAAGACGACUACCUAGCACCAACACCUGUAAAAAAAGUAGAAACUAGUGACAGCAUGUUAGAUUUGAAUGACCCUGGAACAUUUCGCCCCAAAGCGCAUGGCAUCAAUGUAGAUGCGGUUUUGCAGCAAGCUACAUGCUCAGGCUGGUUGACAAAGCACGUUGCACCCACAUUUUCUUUCAUGAAAAGCACUAAAAGACGCUAUGUUGUGCUUGUUGAUCGCCUGCUUUAUACAUUCAAGUCAGAGACGCCAGAUAUGUAUCGGGAAUUCUUUGAAUUGACAAAGGAUACGCACGCAUUUGUUACGGAUCAAUUUGCUGGUCAAUUGUACUGCAUUGAAAUCAAAAAGAUGGGCCAGCUCGAGACGUAUAGUUGGUUUUUACAAGCAGAUGAUGCAGAAUCAAUGAAGCUUUGGUUAGAUCGAAUCAAACGAACUAUUGGAUGGCUCCGUAAUGGGACUAGUGGUACUAUCACCAAAGGCAGUUUAACAAAAAUCACUACUGAAGACGAAGAGUAUUCUCGUAUCGCGAAUAACGCAAAGCAAGCUAUCUACAGCUCUCCAGCAUCUAGCCAGAGCAACGUCUCCUUGAGCGAUAGCAACAGUUGGCCACACUCAUUAAACUCGUCAUUCAUUGCAACUGCGGUUGCAGCAACACCAACACCAACGCAAUUUAUCAACACCAAUUACAUUGAAAAUGAUUCAGUGCUGUCAUUUUCCUCAUCAGAAUAUUCACCUAUGGAACGAAACAGUAGCUUCAGUGGCUCAAGGAAAUCAUCCCUGAGACUUGCCAGGCCAAAUAUAUCAUCACAAUCAAAUUACACAAUUAUGCCAACAGUGCUACCUCCACAAUUGCCUCCGCCAAAAUCUCAACCACCACCUAUUCCCUCUUAUGCUUAUUUAUAA